CUCUUUGAUGCUCUCCAACCACUUGUAACUGAAGUAUUGACUGGUCUCUUUAUCUUCCAGCUGGCAGGAAUGGCUGUCAUUGCCUUUGGUCUAUGGCUGCGGUUUGGUGGGGUUAUGGCAGACUUUGCUUCAGACAAAAAGUCUCCAGAGUAUUUCUUCAUGGGACUCUAUGUCUUGGUGGGAGCAGGGGCUCUCAUGACCACAGUUGGAUUUUUUGGGUGCUGUGGAGCAGCGCGGGAGUCUCAGUGCUUACUUGGAGCAUUCUUUGCUUGCUUGUUGGUGAUCUUUGCAGCUGAGGUCACUGCUGGAGUAUUUGCCUUUAUAGGCAAGAAAGUGGCAAUACAGGAAGGCCAGAAAAUCUAUGAAGAUGUUUAUGAUGACUAUAUGAAAAACCCAGGGGGGGAGGUCAACAGGACUAUCUACAAAUACCACUUGGCUCUCCAAUGCUGUGGCAAAGAUAAUAUGGAACAACAAACAGGAUUACCCUGUCCAGAGAAUAUCCAGAUGCCAAAGAACUGCCUGGUUGAAAUCCAGAAUGUAAUUGAUGCUAAUCUGCAUUUAGUUGGAAUUGUUGGAAUUGCAAUUGCUGGGAUCACAAUCUUUGGCAUGAUAUUCAGCAUGGUUCUGUGCUGUGCGAUCCGUAACACAAGAGACAUGAUCUAAAACUUUCACUGCACAACUAUGUCCCAGGAGUUCCAGACUAAGCUUUACAAGAAGUGCUCUUCUACCCAAUUUAAUAAUUGUAAUGCAUUUUAAUUAGUGUUUUAACAUACUGAGAGGAAAAUAUCCCAUUAAGUGAGCAGGUGAAUUGUGUUAGUUACAGUAAAACCAACGUGAACAAAAAAGGGCUUUAAAAUGUCCUUUUAAAUGAAAAAAGCAAAGGUGCAUCUAAGACUCAUUGGGGUUUUAAUGUUUGUAUAUGUGCAAUUAAGAGUUUACACAUCUAUACACAUAGUGUAAGCACAUGCAUAUCUCUCCUUACAAAUAUAUACACACAUGAGCAGGUACUUGUCUAUUCAGUACCUUUUUUAGGUAAGUAUGUGCAAAUGCAAUAUGUUGUGUGUGCAUGUUUGCAUGCAUAUUCUUCCAGAGUCUCGCUGUGCAAGAGUGUACACACACCCCUAGGUAUACAGUGCUUGAAACCCUUUCAUAUUGAGUCCCCAUUUGCCAAGAAUUAGCAGAGGAACAAAUGCCUUACAAAAGACCUAUGAUCCCUUUUGUAACUGUUAUUUCCAAAGCCCAAACAGAGUACAAUUAAUAAAAUUGGAUUUUACUAAAAAAAAAAAAAAAAUGUAACGCCUAAGGGCCUGCUCCAGCAAACUUUAAUUCAUGUCAGUAGACCCACUGACUUCACUGUCAUGCAGAGACUGGAUUUUUUUUUUAGGAUUGGACCCUUCAUGCAAAUACAGAAAGCUCUGGGGG